AUGGGUGAUGCCGACACACUUCCCGCAGGCAUUGCUUUCACUUGCCGCAAGGGCUUAAAGCCAGACACUCCGAAUCAAGAUACCUGGUGUGCCCUGAAGAUGGACACCUUCUCCAUCUUCGCCGUCUUCGAUGGUCAUGGCCCAAAUGGACACGAGAUCUCCCAUUUCGUGAAGGACACGAGAUCUCCGCAAGCCAAAGACUCGCGCUUCCCUGGGCUGAAUAUGUCCCGUUCUUUGGGAGAUACGUUAGGUCACGCAGAGUGUGGCAUCACUUGUGAGCCAGAGAUCACCAGGCUUGACAUUGAUACGAGCUCCAAGCAGAUGUUGCUGAUCUGUAGCGACGGGGUUUGGGAGUUCAUCUCUGCUCAAGAGGCCGUGGAGAUUGUUGGCAUGCGCCCACCUGAAUUGUGUGACGAAGCUGUGAGCCUGCUUGCAAAAGAAUCCUGGGAUCGCUGCUUGGUCCAUAGAGAAAACAUGAAAGAAAACGAAACGUUUCAGAAAACAUGA